AUGAACGAUAAGAAACAGUUGAAUAUAGCUAAUUUGUUCAGAGCGAAAAAGGAAAAUGAUGAGAGGAGAAAAGAGAACAGCAGGAGCACUUUUGGAAAUAAUGAAAAAAUAAUCAUAGAUAAGGAAAAAAAAAAGUCCAUUUGGUCAUUAUUCACGGAGGUGGAUGCGACAAUAGGUGAAGAAAGGGGUGGAAAGAAAAAGGAUGACGAUGGAAAUCCAAGCGUAGACAUAUUCUUCACCCCGCGAAGUGUACCCCAAAAAAAGGAAGAGAUGGAAGAGAAGGUGAAAAAUGCAAGCGUCAAUGCAAGUGCCAAUACAAUCCCCAACACAAUUCCCAACACGAUCCCCAACACAAUCGCGAAUACAUUCCCCAAUACAAUCCCCAACACAAUUCCCAACACGAUCCCCAACACAAUCGCGAAUACAUUCCCCAACACAAUUCCCCACACAAACGCCAAUGUAAACCUAAUUCCAAGGUUGUUUAAAAACGCACAUGAAAACUAUGACAUUAAGAAAGAAAUAAAAGAUAUUGCUAAUAGCUUUAAACGAAAGAAUAAUAUUUUAUUGGGCGAAAAAGAAGAAGACAAUAUGAUAAACAAUAUUCUUCUGUCGACAAAAAGAAUAAAAAGGAAUGGUGAAAAGAGGCAGUUAGCGUCUUGUGCCACUCCCACCCACCCCCCUGCGUUCAAUUCCUCCAUGUCAUAUAAUGCAUAUAAGGAAUUUUUUGCAAAACCUGGCAAGAACGAAAAAUGGAAAGAGAGCAGAACAGAGCUUGAUAAUAAAUCGUACUUGGAAUUUUUAGGAAAUAAUAAAAUAAGUCACAAAAUAGAAAACGAUAAUAUUAUGAGUAGAAUGAAAGAAUCCAAUAAGUUAAGUACGUCUUGUUUGCACUCAUCGAAUGAAACAACUGUGGGGGAGGACAAGGAGAAGGAUGGAAGCAAAAAUGUGAAAAACAGAAAAGAUGGUUCAACCAUCAUCCCUACCAAAGAUAGUGCUAUAGGAAUGAAGAAAAUAAUAAUGAGCGAAGAGGAUAAGAAGAAAAACAUGUACAAUACAUGCAUAGUAAAAAAGAAAAAUGUGUGCAUCCCUGUAAAUGUAGUAAACGAAAAUAAUAAAAGGAAUGCAAUGAAAAUGAAAAAGGCACAUGAAAAUAUUUUUAAAAAAUGUAAAUUCGAUAUUUUUCAUCAUCUGGGAGAUGAUAUAUUUAGACAUAUCAUAUCAAAUGUGAAAAAUAAAAAUAUGAUUUUACUAAAUAAAAGAUUUCGAGAUAUAGUACGAUUUCUGCGUUUAAAAUUAAUAUAUGAUGAAUCAUUAAAAAAUUCCAUUCCUCCAGAAAGCAUUAUAAAAACCAUGUAUGCUUCUGAAAAUAUUGAAGUUUUAGAUCUAUCAGGAUGUUCACACUUAACUUCGCAUCAUUUUAAUCUAUUUUGUAACUCUAAUAAUAUCAAAUUUAAUAAAACCUUAAAAGUUUUGUGCUUAAGGAAUUGUACCAAAAUAACAGAUUCCAGCUUAAAGGUUCUUUUGCAUCGAUUUAAAUAUUUAUCAAUUGUGGAUAUUCGAAAUUGUUAUAAAAUUAGCCACGAUGGGAUAUACCCCCUACGUUUUAAAAGUACUUUACGAAAAUUGUAUCUAGGCAAUAUAACAUCUGCCAAUGUAUCGAAUUACCAUUCUGAUGACACACUAAGGGUCUUAUUUAGUUUUGCUACUCCCACAAAAGGAGAAGGGUGGUGUGGACAUCAUCCUCAUGUUACUACUUCUGAAGAAUCUGGAGAAAUCGUUCAAUUGGACACUCCUCUGAAUCAUUUAUCUUGUUUCGAAAUAACAAAUGCGAAACAGUUGAGCGAUAUUUCUUAUCUAUACAUUAUUUCAAAAAAUUUAAAAAUACUGAAUUUGAAAGGGUGCAACAUUGAUGACACAUCUUCCAAUUUCUUCAAAUGCCUUACUAACAUGAUUGCCUUAAAUUUAGCAGACACAAAAAUAUCAAAUGAGGUGAUAAAAACUGUGUGUGUUUACUCUCCUCAAAUGAGGGUUCUUGAUAUUUCAAAAACGCUCGAUGUGGACAAUGGCACAAUUUUGCUCGUAGCAAGAAAUAUGACCCGCUUGCGACGGGUUAAAAUUGCCUCCCUACAAAAUGUAGACAAUUUCUGCAUCAGGGAAUUUCUCAAGCACUGUAAGGAUCUAGAAUCAAUUGAUUUUUCAAAUUGCUGGAAAGUCAAUAAUUCCUUCUGUAACAUGAACGGAUUGGACAUACCAUCAGGACCCAAACUGAAGGACUUGGGAGUCUACCAAUGUUCAGUUGACCGACGGAUUUGCGAAGAAGCACUCAUAGGAGUUGGAUGUUCUUCUGUGCGCGUUCACAUUUAUAACGAAAUGAAAAUAUUUGAGACAUCCAUAUACACGGAUGUUGACAAACUAGAGUAA